AUGGCGGCCGCCCCGGCGCCGGGCCCGGCGGCGGCCUCCGCGGCGGCGGCGCAGGCGGCGAGGCCUGCCGGCUCGGUGCCCGGACAGGGCGCGCCGGCCACGUGCGCGGUGGUGUGGCUGCACGGCCUGGGCGACACGGAGGAGUACUGGCGCGACAGGUUCCAGCGCCUCCCCCCGGAGGCGCGGCCGGCCGGCUGCGCCUGGCUGCACCCGCUGGCGCCGGAGGGGCCGGUUCGGCACCGGGCAGGCGCCGUGGUCCCGCGGUGGUGCGACACCUGGGGUGAUCCGGACAGCACCUCGUGGGUGGACGAUCCCGACGACGUGGCCUCGAGCGUGGCUCUGGUGCACGAGUUCCUCUCUGAGCAGCUCCCGGUCGAUCCUUCCAGGGUGGUGUUGGGGGGCUUCUCGCAGGGCGGCGCCGUGGCGCUCCUCGCGGCGCUCUCGUUUCCGCGGCGCCUCGCAGGCUGCGCCAUCUACGGCGGGUGGCUGAGUUACCCUACCGCCGAGAAGGUGCAGAGCGGCGCGUGGGUCCACGACAGCAAUCUGGCCCUGCCUGUCUGGUGGGGGCACGGCGAGCACGACCGCUGCAUACCCGCCUGCUUGCUCGACGAGCACUCCGAGGUCCUGGACCACGUGCGGCCCGUGGCGGUUGAGAAGCGGCGCUACAGCGGUGGCCACUUCCCGAAAGAGCAGGCCAUGUCCGACAUGCUGGAGUGGACGCGGCGUGUCCUUGGCCAAGGCUCUUGCUCUGACUUGCAGGCCGAAGGAUCUGAACCACCGAAACGCGCAUGCGUCGGCUUGCAACUUUCAUGGCGUUCAGAAUGUGCUUGGCGCACUGGCCCUCAAACCCUGAGUUUGGUCGGGAAGCCCUCCCUCGCACUUCAGCUGCCUUGUCCCCUAGAAGAAAAUGAGGGUCAGGGUUGGGCUCCAGGAUCGGUGGCUCACGCUGGUAUACGAGGAGCGGGCAGCGAUCACACCUUAGCGUUUCGGAUUGAUUAUCCAGGUUCUGAGUUUACGGCGCAUGUCUUUGAUGUUGAAUGCGAAUCGCUGACCCUCUGUCGUGAGCCUCUGCGCAUACUUGCAAGACCCAGUCAGGGUUUCGGGAUCAUCGAAGCGACUGGUGAACAUUCACGAUUGUUUUGGACGUUUCGCUUAGAUCCCCCAGGAAUGUCUGUUACUCUUCCUUGAGCCCCUUCCCCAGCUGGAGGGAAGAUAGCACGACUGCGCCCGUUGGCCAACACUCUGCGCCGCAGUCGUUUGUUCCGGCAUCGUCCCGAACUCCAGAAGGCGGUGCCCCCCCCCACCACAGUGCUUUGGCACUGAGCGGCCCGCACCUCGCUCACUGCAGGGAACUGGCUCGCUCAGCCAGGGUUCCGCCUGGCGCCCGCGCCCGUGGGCGCCUCGUGGGCGCCUCGCGCGCUGGGCAGGUCCGCCGAGGCCUCGGCCCGGUGCCCCUCCGCGGG